AAAGUAAUCCAUUCUUCACUAUGAAUGCUACUAUAUACUAUGUAGCCAUCCCCCAAUUCACGUGACUGUUGUUGCCCAUGACAUGUUGCGGCCCCAUCGGAGCUCCUAGUGUCUGUCACGUGGGCGCCUAGCGACUUUUCAGCCCAGUCGAUCGAUGGCCACCUCUCCAUCUACAGACCGACGCAUCCUCAAAGUCUCACCUCCGGGUCCGAAACUAUGAGCUCCAGGACCUUGGUCGGGCUGCGAUCGACUACAUCGACACACCUGCAACGCAGCGGUGUUGCUGCCGCUACCGCCGUCAGCAGUAGUAGUACUAGUAGUAGUGGCAGUGCCCCGCGUCGAUGUCUUUCCUCGGCUUCCGGUCGGCAAGUGCAGCAGAGUGCCGAGUUCUCCUCCAGCAGCAAAACUUGGGAUCGUUUAGGUCGCCGCGCCAAGGAGAAGCUCCUAGACCGCGAAUUCUUCCUCAGCUUGUUGAACUCAGCCUCAACCAAGCGUGAGGCCAAAUCUUAUUUGGCCCGUCUCAAAGCUCAACACCAAGGAACUACUCCCCUGAAGCCGGCCGCCAAGCAAUCCGGAGUAUCGGAAGCGACAGCACCAGUGUCGUCGGGUGCCAGUUCAACCUCAUUCUAUGGCGCCUCUCGAUCGGUCUAUGACAGUCCCGUCUUCAGACAUGACUCAACUCCAACACCUCCCCUUCAAGAUGUGUCCGAGCGCCUGCACCUGGCCCUGGUCAAGAUAACCACUCCGCAGCUUCUCGAUGACUCGACCGUCAACGGCGUGGCCAAAACCCUCUCGCAGCUGAAUCGUCUGGGAAUGGCUUGUUGUGUGGUAGUCGACCCGGGCACAGCAGGCGAUCCUAACAAACUGCGGAGGAUUGCGGCCGAGCAGGCAGAUCGCAUCUCAACAGCUGUGGAUGCCCAGCCGGAUUCGAAAUCAGCUCACAUCGACUCUGUCCUAUCCGUUUCUGCGCUGAACCCUGAGGCGCCCAGAGUCCUAUCCCGGAAGGUACUGCUCGGGCCGUUGCGCGAUGGUCACGUCGUGGUCUUGGCCCCCAUUGCUUACACAGAAGACGUUCCUCGAGCAGUGACAGUCUCGGCCAGCGAUGCCAUCCUGGCCCUCACCAAAGAGCUGGCCGGACUAGCAACAAAUCCUGACCCUGAUGAAGACCCAAUACUGACGGCCCAACGGAUCGCGGCCCUGCAGGAGGAAGUGUCUUUGGAUCGAGUUAUCCUCCUGGACCCCUUGGGCGGGAUUCCUGCUUUCAGUGGGCCUCAGACGUCCCAUGUUUUUAUUAACAUGGAACAGGAAUUCGACGAUAUUGAGAACGAGUUGCUGCGGGUGUGGCAGUCGGCAGCAUCUGCAAAGAAUAAUCUUCCUGAGGAAGGUUUACCGUCCAUUGCUGAUAGCAAUCCUCUCUCCAAAUUCGCCGACACGGAAGUCGUCCCAGUGCCCCCUAGUCAGAAAGCGUACUCGUCAGACCUAACCUUGGAUACAAGCAUGGUGGAGGGCCACUUAGAUAAUCUGCGACUAAGCCAAGCCGCACUGGCGAUGCUACCCUCGGCAUCGUCUAGUAUCAUCACCUCCCCACUCGAAGUUGCAAAUUCAGCACAGAGCCCCGGAGGCGCUAGUCCAGAUGUAUCAGCUGUUGGAACCCGACGACAGAGGAACCCGCUCAUCCAUAAUCUUUUGACCGACAAGCCUUUGCUCUCGUCUUCUUUGCCCCUAAGCCGACGUGCAGCCCUAAAUGGCAGAGGGGACUCGAUUGUUACACAGGCCUCCCACACCACGUUUGUCAAGCGAGGCAUGCCGCUGACCAUCAUUCCGAAUCCAUGGCUUUCACCCUGGACGGCCAGAGAUCGGCCGCGCCUGGGGCUCGAUGAUCCCUCGAUCGACCUGCCCCGACUGGUCCAUCUCAUCGAGGAUUCCUUUAAUCGCAAACUUGACGUACAAGACUACCUCAACCGAGUCAACGGUCGCCUGGCCGGACUCAUCAUUGCAGGGGAGUAUGAAGGAGGCGCCAUCUUGACCUGGGAGCUUCCUCCCGGCGUAGAGGAUGAUGGAAGUGAGGCGAGCCAAGCUCGCAUGGUUCCCUAUCUGGACAAGUUUGCCGUUCUGAAACGUAGUCAAGGUGCCGGUGGUGUGGCCGAUAUCGUCUUCAAUGCAAUGGUACGCUCUUGUUUUCCGAAUGGCGUGUGCUGGCGCAGCCGCAAGGACAACCCCGUGAACAAGUGGUACUUUGAGCGCUCGCAGGGGACAUGGAAACUAUCGGAUAUGAAUUGGACCAUGUUCUGGACUACUCCAGGACUGACGGACGAUUCCCAAAAGUUUCGGGAUUACGAGGCCGUGUGCCGCAGUAUCCAGCCGAGCUGGGCUGAUGACACCGGUGUUGUGGAUUGAUUGAUUAGCUGAACAUAUUCGUAACACAUGUAUAUACCCAUUAUCCGCCUGUUCGUUCCAAGUGAAAACCUAGGUGCUUCAUAUCUUCUCGUAACGAGCUACAUCAAUUCCAACCUAAAUCAUUUCAAGUCGGAUUCUCCGACCGUGGAAAAGUG